AUGGUGACGACUCAUCCUCAGAUUAUCGUCUAUACCUACCCGUUCUCUCCUUGGGGUACUAAAAUAGUCACAUACCUCACCCUUCGUCAUAUUCCUUAUGCGGAAUGCCAUCAACCGCAGCACUGGCCUCGUCCCGACAUACAAAGCCAUUUCGGACUGCAAUAUCGGAGGAUUCCAAUACUUGCCAUUGGGAGAGAUAUUUACUAUGAUACCUUACUGAUUCUUGAGAAGUUAGAGGAUUUAUAUCCUGGAAAAUUCUCACUAUCUGUCCAUGACCCAGCAGACAAGGCCUUAACGAAACUACUCGAAAAAUGGGCUGAAUUAGCAGUCAUGAAGUCUGUCGUAUCUUCAUUGCCUCCUGAUGCACCUCUAUGGAAAAAUGAAACAUUCCUUAAGGAUAGGAUCGAGCUUUGGGGCAGUCAGUUCGACCACCAGUCUAGGUUCAAAAAGCAUCCCGGAGCCUUGGCUGAAAUGAGAAAUCAUUUAGCUCUUCUUGAGGAUUUAUUGAGUGAUGGAAGACAAUGGCUACUCAAUACUCACAAUAUAAGCCUAGCCGACCUUCACGGAGGCUUUUUAUUAUUUUGGCUUCGUGAUACUUGUGGUGCGUUAUCGACGGAGUUCUUCUCCUCGUCAGAAUACCCUUGUACAUGGGCGUUCCUGGAUCGAUACGCAGACGCCAUUACUUCGGCAAAGCGAAACGGACACACGCCAAUCGUACUCGAUGGGGAGGAUGCCGCUAAUGUAAUCCUCCAUUCUGACUUUAGUGAGUUGGAAGGUUCCGUACUUAACGAUCCUACCGGGCUGCAGAAGGGUCAAAUGGUGACUGUGUACCGUGAUGAUGAUUUAAGCUCCAAACACCUGCACCGGGAUGUUGGCCGGCUAGUCAGCCUUACAUCGCGAGAGAUUACGAUCGCGGUUCAGGAAAGAAUAGUUGAUGUUGAGAUUCGAGUACAUUGUCCACGAUGGCAGUUUGUAGUAGAGGCUUCAGGCGGAGAUUCCACUGCAAUUCAUGGUUAG